AUGAAGAUCCUACUGCUUAAUCCAAACUCCUCGGCUACCAUGACAAAAAGCAUGGAACUGGUAGCCAAGAGUGCUCUGGCCACGACUACGAUCAAUGUAGUGUCCUACACCGCCCCAGAGGCUGCACCCAUCAGUAUCAACAACGACAAGGACAUUGCAUGCAGUACGGUGGCGGUUAUGGACCAUAUUUUCGCAACUCAAACGAAUUUGCAGCAAUAUGAUGCCGUGUUGAUUGCAUGUUUCAGCGUGCACGACCUGGUGCAUAAGCUGGGAGCAUUGACGGGGAAGCCCAUCAUUGGGUUAUUUGAAGCGAGCAUACUGACUGCUCUCUCUCUCAUCUCCAAAUCUGAAAAAUGGGGGAUUGUGACCACUGGAGAAUUCUGGGAACAGCAUCUCAGGGACGGCGUAAAUGACUUCCUGGGCGUUGCGCGCGGUGUUGGCAAUAAUAAUUUUGCUGGUGUGUAUUCAACAGGACUUUCAGCCAUUGAAUUCCACCGCGCAUCAGAAGAAGUCAUCCAAAGCAAGUUGGCAACAGCGGUGACAAGGCUCUUGGAGUCGGGGGACGUCAAAUGUGUUGUGCUCGGCUGUGGCGGCAUGACGGGACUAGAACAAACCAUCCAAUCCGUCGCGGCUAAAGUACUUGGACACGAAAAAGCCACAAGACUCUACAUCGUCGAUGGAGUUAGAGCCGGCGUAGCGCAGCUCUAUUUUGCGGCAACUACUAGAGGCAUGUUUAGGAGGGAUGAUGGUGUGGCAAUCUAG